GAGACCUAACAUGAACCUCAAUUUCUCUUGUAUCAAGUUCCUCACAGCAGCUGUUAUCAAAGAAAAAGUUCCUCGCGGCAGCUCUUAAGGUUUUCAGCUAUUGGAAGGUAAAGCAGCAAGAAUGGAAAACAGAGAAUUCAUAGACAUGCCUGCAAUACAUGACAGUAUUAGGUUUCACAUCAUUGAGCAUGACCCUAUCCUUCUCACCAUUAAGCGUACUAAUCCUCGCAGGCACACGACAAAAAGUAGGUUCAGGUAUUUAUCUCAUUUUUCAUGUAGAGGCUUGCUAGUGGAAGGACUAUGCCGCGCAUCAUCUGUCAGGUCAGAUGAUUAUUGGUUGCCCGCAACCAAAUAUCGGAUAUGUAAUCCAGCAACAAAGCGUGUACUUGAUCUUCCCCUUCCGCAUGAGGGAGUCAUUGUCAUGCAUGUCUUUCUCAAUUCCGCUACAAACUCAUAUAAUGUGGUUUCCUUAUACUCUCACAGAUUAGAACAGAAAGUUAAUUUUCAACUUCUUGAUCUUGGAGGUCAGAGUACUGAUCCAUGUCCUGAUGAAAAUCUCUCUUGGAGAACUCUCGACAUUCCAGAAUACGACGAGGCCAGUAGACUGCAAGAAUAUGAUGGCAAACGUUGUGUCAUGGAAGAAGCUGGUAUCUUAUUGAUGCCUGCUUUACAUAAAGUCGAGUCAGGCAACGCUGUGAUCCUAUGCGUGGAUCUAGUCCAGCAGGCAUGCACAACUCUUAAUGCGCCAGACAGCUUAAGUCUUGAGGAUCGCGAGAUUAAUUUACAGCUUUGGCGAGGCAAGCCAGCAUUAUCGUUUGUUUCAGAAGAAAAGCUAAAUGUAUGCAUAUUGGAAGAUUACCAGACACAGACGUGGGCUGAUACCAUCUUAAUUCCCUUGCCUAAUCUGAAUAAUGCGAUUCCUCGCGUGAAGAAGCAGAUUCCUCAGAUACAUCGAAUGGAUGAGGAGGAUUUCUUAUUCUAUACUGAUGACUUCUAUACAAACGGUGUAAAAGGUUAUCGUGUUUGCAAAACUGGUUCCGAAGAGCUGAUUUUUGCCUCAACCUCUCCUCCAACCAGGGUGCCAGCUACAUUGGUUUCUGUCAAGGGUAUGCGACCAUUGCAAUAGCGUUUCAGCAGUAGUAUUUUGAUGGUUUCAGAGUUAAAUAAUUAAAAUCGAC